AUUCUCUCUCCCCACUUUCCCGAGGAAAGAGGAAAAGAAACGCCGAGCAGGAGCGAGAAAGCCAGAAAAACCUAAGGGAAUUCCCCCCAAGAAACCAGAAUUGAGAGUGCAAAAUGGCGGUGGAGGAGGUGCUCAACUCAGCAACAACUGAAGAAGAGACAAACGCGAUCACAAACACAAACCCUAACCCUAGGUCAGGUGGAGCUGCAGAUGAAGAGGAUGAGCCCGAGGAGGGAGAGAUCUUAGGGGGAGACGAGGACUCGAGGCAAUCGACGGCGGCUGUGGUGCACCAGCCCCACCCGCUUGAGCACUCAUGGACCUUCUGGUUCGACAACCCCUCCGCCAAGUCCAAGCAGGCAGCGUGGGGUAGCUCCAUUAGGCCGAUCUACACCUUCUCUACAGUCGAAGAGUUCUGGAGCAUUUACAAUAAUAUUCAUCAUCCGAGCAAAUUAACUGUGGGAGCAGAUUUCCAUUGUUUUAAAUAUAAAAUAGAGCCCAAAUGGGAAGACCCCAUUUGUGCCAAUGGAGGGAAGUGGACAACAAUCUUCCAAAAAGGGAAAUCCGACACCUCUUGGUUGUAUACGUUGCUAGCACUGAUUGGAGAACAAUUUGAUAAUGGAGAUGAAAUUUGUGGAGCAGUUGUUAAUGUCAGAGCUAGGCAGGACAAAAUAGCUUUGUGGACCAAGAAUGCUUCAAAUGAAGCUGCACAGUUGAGCAUUGGGAAACAGUGGAAGGAGCUUCUUGAUUACAACGAAACAAUCGGAUUUAUAAUCCAUGAGGAUGCAAAGAAACUUGACAGAGGUGCCAAGGAUCGCUACAAAGCAUGAUCUGUCUAGCGUUCUUCUUCUCUUCUCUUGUAGUAGUGUAAGUGUAAGUAGGAUGCAAAGCUUGUUUUCCGGAUUCAGCCUCAUCCUAGUUACCGUACUUAGGAUUCUAGUCUUUGACUUUUUGACUUUGUUUUGCUAAAGAAAACUUACAAUCAUAAGCAGAAUGAGAUUCCUUAAAAUGUACAUUGCGUAGCCUUGGUUUCUCCGAAAGGAAAAACAAAAUUCCUCGUUUUGCUGUCUGAAUCGUAUUUUAUAUUCGGUUAUGGA